AAGCGAAGACGAAAAGAAUGUAUGGACUAAUUAUCCAGCGUUAUCCUAGAAGGCUUGCGAAAAUGCAGAUCCAAGGAAAUCAGGCCACUCAAAAGCCCAGCAGCGGGCCUGAUGCUCCACUCACCCAGGAGCGAUCAGCGGUGCCCAAGUCCAGAAUGGAUACCUUCGCGUUGCUGUAUGAAAGAAAUCAAACGAGGCUGUGGAUCCGCGCUAUGACUGUGACCAACGCUCUUCACGCCAACGAUUCAUCCAAUGGCUCCUCCGCGUCGCCAGCGCCCAAGCGGCUUCUGCUCGUCAGUGUCCCCCGUACUGCAUCCAAUCUGCUCUUGAAGAUCUUGAAUAUCGCCAAGCAGCCACAUUUGCUCACAAACCCACGCAAUGGCUACUUCUUCUACCCAGCCUUCUCCGCUGCUGCCCAAGAUGGUACUCUGGCCAAGGAGCCGGGCAAUUGGUCCACCGAGGAGAAACAGAGAUACAAGGCUAAUCUCCAGCGAUGUCUGAACGAACUGGAAGAUUAUUCUACGCGGGCCCAGAAUGAGAACAAAGUCAUGUUCGCCAAGGAACACGCAUUCUGGAUCUUCAACCCAGCCGCACAACACAAAAUGACAACCGGCGAGGAAUAUCCAGAAUUCUUCGAAGAAAUGCGAGUCGACAUUGCGGAUUCUUAUGGCCCGACACGAAGUUACUCCAAGUCCAACGAGACUUGCCUGUCAGACCAGUACCUGCGUAGUUGGCAGAUGGCUUUUAUCAUCCGUCACCCAGCCUUGGCCUGGCCUUCUAUGUACCGUGCCAUGAAGAAGCUCGCGGCACAGGGAUUCAUCGAUGAAGACGGCGUGAAAGGCUCCUCAUUGAGCAACAUGAGCUUUCGCUGGACUCGCCUGCUGUAUGACUGGUGCUUGGAGCAGCCCGAUGUCCCGACCCCACCACCAGUCGUGGAUGCCCAUGAUCUUAUUCACAGUCCCGAGAUUGUUCUCCAGUUCUGUGAUCACACCGGACUCGACAAGGAGUGCUUGCAGUUCGAGUGGUGCGGCAACGAUUAUAAGAAGUCCCAGAGCUGGGCUGCACCGGAUGAAGUUGCUAAUGCCGCGGAACUGGACAUGCAUCUGCGGGCUGCAUCCAUUAUGCUAUCCACCUUGGAAGCCUCCAAGGGCAUUGUCAAGGACAAGGCACCGGAGAAGAUUGAUAUCGCCGCGGAAGCUGCGAAGUGGAAGGUCGAGUUUGGCGAGCAAAUUGCCGGACUGGUCGAGAAGGCCGUUUGGGAUUCAAUGCCGGACUACGAGUAUCUGAAGGCCCGACGUCUCACAGUCUGAAUGAUGAGUGGAAUGAGGCAGCCGGCUGGAUGAUUAAUGCUCGCUGUAGCAAAUGACAUAUAACGAAAUGGACUUUAAGGCGGUUGCAUAGGGAGGUAUUUCGGACAGACGCAUCGAUUAGCACGGAUAAGCUUCAUUGGUACACUAGGGGCGGUACACAAUAUCUUCUCAACAAAUCUCUCUAUGUCAUCAUUUCCUCUUUGUAUCAGUCAGGGUAUGUAUCCGGUAGCCUCGACGUGGGGCUCACUCCGUGCAGACUGGGAUUUGUGAACAGUCUUGGGCCCAAUGCCGAGUCGAGGGUAAAUCGCGGCCUGAUAUGGUUGCACUCAUCGAAGUCUGUAUGGGAAGACAUUGUAUAAUUGAAACAGAUUGGAUAUGAACAAAUAAUAAUACAUCCUAAAUAUGCUAAUUGGAUCGCCCAGGAUACUCGUACAAUCACCGCUUGCCCAUAAAGGCCCUCUUCUGGCGAAGAUAGGCGUUGACAACAUUCUCGACACUGCGGCGGUCGUGCUUGCGAGACCUAGAAGAAAAUUACAAUCUCGCGCGACGGAUCUUGCGCUGCGCACGCUGGACAAUCUCCACACUCUGAAUAUUCGGAUUGAAUACCUUCACCGACAUCUCGACGGCAACACGGGUAAGCUCGUUACGGAGCAGGAUGGAAGUGUCGAUUCCGCGGAGCUUGAUGCUCAGCACGACGCCGUUGAAUGGGUCGCCGUUCUUGAAUGUGACACGGACAAUAUCACCGGGUUUGACACUGCGGGGGUUCCGGCGGUAGUCGAACAGGGCCUUGCGCUCACCCUUGGGGUCGAGGGUUUCCAAUUGCGAUUCGGUGACCUUUGCGAUGGGGUCUUUGCAUGCUUUGCGGGCGGAAGGGGGAGGAGUGUAGACCUUAAUAGGCUUUGGGGCUACAAUUGAACAGGCUAUCAGUCAAAUUGUUUCCCAAGUCAGUAUUUCUGCGUGCUGAACAUACCGUUCUCGGGGCGCAUGCGAAUUGGUAAUUGUGAUAGGAAGUGCUCGGGGACAUUCUGAGGGAGAGGGACGCGCUGGGGGCGCUGGGAGUAGGCGGUUGAGAGGAAUCGGCGACCCAGUUGAGGCUGGAUAGCCUCCUGGGUCUUAAGCAAGGAUCUCAAGCAGCCCAGUGGCCGCAUGGUUGGUAAAGCCGCCAUGGUUGUGAUGAAUUUUGAGGAUAAGAGCGAGAAAGUCGGAGUCGAGUUUUGGAUGGAACGGACCGGCAGAAUUUCCG